AUGUCAUCAUCAUCAUCAUCAUCAUCAUCAUUACACACUGCUCUGCCAUCAAUACCCCAACUGGAAGACAAAUCAGUACCCAUAAACUCAACCCCUAAAGCUAAUGUUGAACAACAACAACAACAACAAGAAGAAGAAGAAGAAGCGGUAAUGCCAACAACGCCAUCUUCUGCAACUCUGCCAAAGCUCUCCCUAUUUCAGUCUUUUUUGGCAUCAACUCCACCAUUACCCAAACGGCCACUAAUCUGGAUCGAUUGUGAAAUGACAGGGCUUGACGUAUUGGGGAGCGACGUUAUCAUCGAGGUCUGUUGUAUAAUAACCGAUGAGCAAUUGAAUAUUGUUGGUGAGCAGGAAUUUGAAACUACAGUAUAUUGUCCCAAACUGCAAUUGGAUGCCAUGGAUGAAUGGUGUACUACAACCCACACAAAUUCAGGAUUGAUUGCAAAAGUGCUAGCUCAUCGCGAGUCCACUAGUGACAAGGUUGAAACUGAUUUGUUAAAUUACAUACAACGGUAUGUGACAAAGCCUCGCGUUGGAGUACUUGCCGGCAAUUCAAUCCAUAUGGAUAAAUUUUUCAUGAUGAAGCAGUUCCCCAAAGUAAUUGAGUAUUUGCAUUAUCGUGUAGUUGAUGUGUCUACAAUUAUGGAAUUUGGCCAACGUCAUGCGCCAGAGUUGAUGAGUUACAGUCCCGGUAAAAAGGGAGCACACACAGCCAAAGCAGAUAUUUUGGAAAGUAUUGAACAAUUGAAGUGGUAUAGGAAGUAUUAUUUCAAGCUGGAUGAACAGAUUCAAGAUACCAUUAAGGAAUUUCAAGCUAAUGGUGUUCCUAAAAGGGAUUCUCUUUAA